AUGGAAGCUUGUCACUCUCCACAGCAAUCCAAUGUCACUUCAUACGUGGCCACAACUUUGGCCAUCAUCAGCCUGGAGGCAUUUGCUGGCAUGUGGAUAAAUGCUUUCAUCGUUUGUGUGCUCUGCAUUGGCUGGGUCAGAAAGAAAACCCUGAACUCUAAUGAGAAGAUCUUGCUGCUGCUGGGAUUCUCCAGGAUUUUGUGUUUGUUCUUUUCAUGGAUAUACAAGUUCCUUUCAAUUAUUUAUCGCAACUACCUGCAUGUUCACACCAUACUUCAACGGCUUGCAUCAUUUGCAACCUUUCUUAAUUAUUCCAACUUGUGGGUUUCUGCCUCUCUUUGUGUAUUUUAUUGCAUAAAAAUUGCCAAUUUCAGGAACAGCUUCUUCAACUACCUGAAAGUAAAAAUUGACAGGAUGGUGCCAUGGCUCUUGUUGGCAUCUGGGGUUUCAGCCUUGGCUAUGGGCAUCAUUACCUAUGACCUCAAUGAAAUUAUGCAGAGUAACAACCUCAAUUUCACCUGCCCUGGAAAUUUUUGGGAAGCAAUUAUCAGAAUAGAAAAACAUUUUUUCCCUUCUUUGUUUCUUACUGGAUUUGGAUAUACUUCUACAUUCAUGGCAGUCAUCUUUUCUGCUCUUCUCCUUCUCUUUUCUCUCUGGAGACACAAACACAAGAUGCAGACAAACUCCAUGAAGGACCUCAGCGUGGAAGCCCACAUCAGAGCCAUGAAAUCUAUUCUCUCCUUCUUAGUGAUGUACAGCAUCAACUUUGUAUGUUUGGUCUUGACAAUAUUUUAUACCAUGACAAAUGAAAAUAUUGUGACACUUCUUCUAUCCAUCUAUCUGUAUGCUUUUCCAGGUGUUCAUUCUCUUAUUCUGAUUUUCAGCAAUCCCAAGCUGGAAAAGGCACUGUUACAGAUUCUCUCCUGUGUGAAAUGUGAGAUUUUCAUGAAGUAG